AAUCUUUAUGACCCUGGCCAAUGCACUACCAGAACUCAAAUCUUACUACUUGCCUUUCUAUGUCAAUCCCAUCUUUAAAACUGACCUACCAAAAAAAAAGAAAAAGAAGAAAUUCACCAAAUCAAAAGAGAGGAAGUGCUAAGCAAAUACAGGAACCAAAAAAGGGUUGUAGAGGGUGCUUUACACUGUCUCAUUCAGUUCCUUUGCGGUCCUCCUCUUCAGCACAUGCCAAAGGAGUUCCUCACAACAUGUGAGACAAGGGCAUCUUGGAUGUGGGACAAUGGAAGAGUUGGAUGCCUUAUUGGAGGAACUGGAGCGCUCCACCCUCCAGGACAGUGAUGAAUAUUCCAGCCCAGCUCCUCUUCCCUUGGAUCAGCUUUCCAGAAAGGAGAAUAGCCUUAAAGAGUCUUCAAAUAUUCUUUCUGUUCAGGAUAAUAAAAGUCCUUUGCCGGCGCAGCCUGUGUAUACUACUGACAUCAAGGAGCUCAAUGUCUACAGUGAGGUCCAAGAGCCAAAGGAAUUACCACCACCUUCUAAAACGUCAGCAGCCGCUCAGUUGGAUGAGCUCAUGGCCCACCUGAGUGAAAUGCAGGACAAGGUUGCAGUGAAAGCAGAUGCUGGCAAGAAGCACUUACCAGACAAGCAGGAUCGCAAGGCCUCCCUGGACUCAAUGCUUGGGGGCUUGGAACAGGAAUUACAGGACCUCGGGAUUGCCACAGUGCCCAAGGGCCACUGUGCUUCCUGCCAGAAACCAAUUGCCGGGAAGGUGAUCCAUGCUCUAGGGCAAUCGUGGCAUCCAGAGCACUUCAUCUGUACUCACUGCAAAGAAGAGAUUGGCACUAGUCCCUUCUUUGAGCGGAGUGGCUUGGCCUACUGCCCCAAGGACUACCACCAGCUCUUCUCCCCACGCUGCGCGUACUGUGCUGCUCCCAUCCUGGAUAAAGUGCUGACGGCAAUGAACCAGACUUGGCACCCAGAGCACUUCUUCUGCUCUCACUGUGGAGAGGUGUUUGGCACAGAAGGCUUUCAUGAGAAGGACAAGAAGCCUUAUUGCCGCAAGGAUUUCUUAGCCAUGUUCUCACCCAAGUGUGGUGGCUGCAACCGCCCAGUGUUGGAAAACUACCUUUCAGCCAUGGACACUGUCUGGCACCCAGAAUGCUUUGUGUGUGGGGACUGCUUCAGCAGUUUUUCUACUGGCUCCUUCUUUGAACUGGAUGGACGUCCUUUCUGUGAGCUCCAUUACCAUCGCCGCCGAGGAACCCUCUGCCACGGGUGUGGGCAGCCCAUCACCGGCCGCUGCAUCAGUGCCAUGGGGCACAAGUUCCAUCCUGAGCACUUCGUGUGUGCUUUCUGCCUGACACAGUUGUCGAAGGGCAUCUUCAGGGAGCAGAAUGACAAGACCUAUUGUCAACCCUGCUUCAAUAAGCUCUUCCUGCAGUAAUCUCAGCUGAUCCGCAGCCUCUUCUGACUGCCCUAUAAAAUUUAAACCAAGUGAGAAAAGAGUAAAUUUGCUGUUACUGACCUUCUGCUUAAUAGGCAUAUAGAGAAAGUAAAGGUGAUGAACAAAUAAGGGAACUCCUAGACU